AAACGCUGGUGGUCGAUUUCCAGGCCAUCGCUUGGACAUGCUCCUCCUCCGCAGAUCAGCGCUGAGCGCCCGCGCCGCGUGCGCGCGGCCCGCGGUGGGCGCGAACCGGUGGGCGGCGCCCCGGGCAUUCUCCCAGGUCCCGGAGAAGAACGAUAGCACGGAAACGGAGUACGGCGGCGUGGCGACGUCGUGGAAGGAGAUCGGGGACCGCAUGGCCGGGGUGCUCUUCCUCACGGACAUCUGGCGCGGCAUCGCGAUCACGGGCGAGGUCGUCUCGAAGCCGAAGGUGACGAUCAACUACCCCUUCGAGAAGGGCCCGCUGAGCCCGCGGUUCCGCGGCGAGCACGCGCUCCGGCGGUACCCGUCGGGCGAGGAGCGGUGCAUCGCCUGCAAGCUCUGCGAGGCCGUGUGCCCGGCCCAGGCCAUCACCAUCGAGGCCGAGGCGCGCGCGGACGGGUCGCGGAAGACGACGCGCUACGACAUCGACAUGACGAAGUGCAUCUACUGCGGCUACUGCCAGGAGGCCUGCCCCGUCGACGCCAUCGUCGAGGGCCCCAACUACGAGUUCACGGCCGAGACCCACGAGGAGCUCAUCUACGACAAGGAGAAGCUCCUCAACAACGGCGACAAGUGGGAGUUCGCCAUCGCGAAGAACCUCGCCGCGGAGCACCACUACAGGUGAGCGCGCGCCCCCCCGCCGCGCCGUCGGCGGCGUAACAUAGCUCCCCCUU